AUGUUGCGUUUGCAGAACAAGCUUACUCGUAUGUCGUACAGAGAAGAGAGGAGUACUAGAAGUCCCCACCCAGAUCCAGCACGGCAAAAUACCACACCCGACGAAAAGUGUGAGAUUCUCGACGGAUGUCAACUCCGCGUCGCCGGUUCUCGAUUCCAGCCCUUUGCAACAACAAGCCACCAUCUGCAGACUGGCAGGGCGGCAUCCGUUCCAGAGAUGGUGACUCUCAUUACCAAGAUCAGUCAGUUGUCUCGUUUUCUGGAACCUGGUGGCGUGAGAACGGUCUGA